CAUCCUUCGCCCGGCCUCCCAGUUCACUCCCCCCCAGACCCAGAGUCCUCCGCCUGCCCCUGCACCUCGAGCGCGACCCGCCUCAGCUCAGAUCGCCGCACCAAUCCUCGGCGAAGGAGAGAAAAUCCGCAACGGCUUCCUUGGGCCACCAAAGCUUCCAAUUUUGUGUCGAUUGGAGAUAUCUUUGAGCCAAAAGCUCUUCAGAUUUCUUGGAAUACCUACUAUGGCAGCAACAUACCCUAUGCCUGAUCCACCGGUGCUGCACAACAAUACUAUUACUCAAAGACUCGACAACUCUGCUACCGAGACAGCCGGCAGAGACAAGUCCAUAGGCUACCUGGACAUCUUCGUCCACCAGGCGCGCGACAUCCACAAUGUUUGCAUCUACCAGAAGCAGGACGUGUAUGCAAAGCUUAGCCUCACAAGCGACCCACAGGUGUCGUGCUCGACCAAGGUGAUCAAUGGGGGUGGCCAGAACCCGGUGUUCAACGAGGGUCUACGGCUAGACGUGCGCAGCGUGGAGGCGUCGCUAAGGUGCGAGGUGUGGAUGCUGAGCAGGGUGAAGAACUACCUGGAGGACCAGCUUCUCGGCUUCGCCCUCAUUCCUCUGUCGGACAUCCUGGUGGCCGAUGGAAAGCUGACCCAGGAGUUCUCCAUGUCGUCCUCCGACCUGCUCCACUCGCCAGCCGGGUUUGUGCACCUGUCCUUGUCUUACGUCGGUAGCUCCCCGGAUGUCAUAGAAAUCUCAUCGCUCAAUAAGUCGGCGUCUGCGGUGACUGACUGUGGAAAUGGCAACUUGGAUCCUUGUGAGAUCGAAAAGAUGGAGUUCCCAGACUUGAACAUGGUGAACGAGAAUGAAAUGAUGGUCUCCAAGUAUUUCGAGAUGGACUGUGAGAGUGCGGUCAAGGCUGAGAACUGCAAGUUACCGCAGCAUGAUGCAACUGUGCCUGGUCCUGAGAUCUGUAAGAUCAAUCCCAGCGAGUAUCCUGACGAAAGCCCUGUGAGUUGUGUCUCAACCACAGAAUCCUCCCCGGAGCUCUCUGGUACGCCGCAAUCAGUCUCUCAGCCGUCCGAGACCGCCGUCGGGGCGGCGUCAUCCACUGAGAGCCAGAGGGAGAAGAGCCAGGGUGUUACUACAGAUGGCGAGGCCGAUUCUUCUGAAGCGCCAUCCAAGGAUGAGGUCGCCCAGCCUGCAGUGAUCAGCAUCCUCCAGCCCAGGGAAUCAGUUAUCCAGCAGGACAUAGUUGACAUGUACAUGAAGAGCAUGCAGCAGUUCACUGACUCCCUUGCGAAGAUGAAGCUCCCGCUGGAUGUCAAGAACGGUAGUCCCUCUGCUGAUAACAUCGACUCGAGUACAACUGAGAAGCCGUCACCAUCGCCGUCGUCGAAGGGUCCUAGGGUCUUCUAUGGAAGCAGAGCUUUCUUCUAAGUUGCUGCCGCUAGCUAGGCUGGCUCAUACAUACUCUGUUUGCCUCACUUAGGAGUCUAGACUCUCACUGUAAACUUGUAUUGCUAAUGGUGUUAUGCUUAGUUAAAAAGAUGGAUAUUUCAUAAUAAUUCCAGGGCUGUAGAUUCAGCUUGUGUAACAUAGUAUACUACUGCUACAGCAUGGAAGUAACUUCAUGAUACUGCUUCUA